CGGGAAAGUGGAAACACGUCGGUGCGUUGAGAAAGCAGCCUGCGUAGCCUGUCAAAUUUAGAUCCCCCGAUAGACCAAAAAAAAAAAAAAAACUACCAAAGAAUAAUCAAUGUGCAGAUCGACUCGUUGAGUGGAUUUUUAUGUGAUACAAGUUGAAAGUGAUAAUCGCAGGAUGCAGUUUUACAAGGAGAAAUUGCUGUCACCUGGACAGCUGAAACGGCUAAACGAGCACAAGUACAGCUGUACCAGCGUCAGCCUGAUGGACCCGUUUCUUCAGCCGUGGUGGAACUGGCUCGUCAGUAAAGUUCCGCUCUGGCUUGCCCCGAAUGCGAUAACGGUCCUUGGCCUGGCCGUAAACAUCUUGACGACUCUGAUCCUCGUCUGGUACAGUCCCGAUGCCAAAACCGAGGCGCCGCGAUGGGCAUGCUUAUUGUGUGCACUGGGCUUGUUCGUUUACCAAAGCCUCGAUGCGAUCGAUGGCAAACAAGCAAGGAGAACUGGAACACAAAGCCCGUUGGGCGAGCUAUUCGAUCAUGGCUGUGACUCCAUCUCAACAGUUUUUGUCGCUUUGUCGGCGUGCAUAGCGGUUCAGUUAGGAUACUAUCCGACGUGGAUGUUUUUCCAAUGCUUUUGUGCUAUGACGCUAUUCUAUUGUGCACACUGGCAAACGUAUGUUUCAGGAACGUUGAGGUUUGGGAAAGUGGAUGUCACUGAGGCACAGUUCACAAUCAUGGGAAUCCACAUUAUUUCAGGAAUAUUUGGACCCAGCAUUUGGAUGACAGAGAUACCAUACAUUAAUGGUUUUGAAUUAAAAUAUUUGAUAGCCGUAAUGACAGUGGUGUGUGCAUUGGCAAACUUAUAUUCAAUGUUUUCGGUGAUUUUCACCGGAGGAGUGGGCAAGAAUGGUUCAACCGUGGCUAUUCCCGUGCCUGGAGUUGGCACUGUCUCUAACUUCGUAGCUGUGAUAUUUUAUGCAGGCUACAUUCACGUGUUCGUUGAAUUCUGUAGAGUCUUUGAAUCCGGUGGUGUCGGAAAGAAUGGUUCCACAAUAGCAUUGCCAUACAUUAAUACAGAGGUGAAGGUGUUCCCUCUUUGGGCAGCAGUCGGAAUCGCUGUUUUGCUAGCGCAGAGCAGCGUGUCCGUCAUUCUUGUCGGUGGUGUUGGAAAGAAUGGCUCCACCGUUGCUGGAACCUCAGUAUUAUCUCCGAUCAUCCCAUUCAGUUUUGUUGUGGUCCCAGCAUUCAUAAUAUAUAGAAAAAGUGCCGAAAACGUCUAUGAAAAUCACCCUGCAUUGUAUAUACUUGCAUUCGGCAUGGUUGCUGCGAAAGUGACCAAUAGACUCGUGGUUGCACACAUGACAAAAAAUGAAAUGCAGUAUCUGGAUACCGCAUUGAUUGGACCUGCAAUGCUCUUUCUCAAUCAAUACUUCAACUUCUUCAUCAAAGAAUAUUACGUUCUUUGGCUUUGUUUAAUUUGGGUAACUUUGGACUUGCUUCGAUAUUGUUCUCAAGUUUGUCUGGAAAUUUGUGAUCACUUGAAGAUCAUGCUAUUCAGGAUACCGACGGGUGGACACCGGAUUGGAACUUCACAGACUUCCACCAUCACUGAGAAAAACGUUCACAUGGUGGUGGAACAAGAACCCCUGUUAGACGAGGAGUAUCACCACGGCUCCGACACCUCCCUCAACCUCUGAUAUUCAGAUCCUAGUUUUGUGAUCACAGUAGGUGAUUGAUGUUCUACAAUAACAAUCUCAGGAUGAGAUGUGAUAUUCCAACUAUCUCUGAAGACAAAUAGUGUGUACAUUAGAGAAAGAUGCAGCUGUCACAAGCACGUUAAAUGUUGUUUGAAAAAAGUUCAUCUCUGUAUGUUAUGUGACGCAGUAAUGUUUCAAUAUCGAUGGAUAAUUUAUAACCAAAUUGUGAAACGCUGCAGUUACAGCUGCACUUGUCAAUAACCGAUCUGCAAUUUAAUAGUUUUCGUGUUCUUUGCUACUAUGUUUUAUUAUAUGGCAAAGCGUUAAAUUUUUAUUCAAACAAACGUUUCAUUCAAAAAGUAAUCGGAAUACAAUACUCCGAUAAAACAAACAUGGAAAUAAUUUAUUGAAAAAGAAUUAAAAAUUUUUAUGAGGAAACUAUAGAUCUGUUUGUAGAUGUGAUAUCGUUUGAACUCAAAAUGAAUUUUAAUCAACUUGUAAUUAAAAAUUAUUCAGAACGUGUUGAUCAACGUUAAUAUUUGAACCAUGAACAUUGGUAUGUACUGUAUAAUUAAUGUACCGUUAUUACGUAGUUUCCGUACUGCAAACUUGAGCAUAUAUACAUUUAUACUUUAUAAUUAGUACAAUAAUCAAAUGCUCACAAAUUGAAAUGAUGUCUCACAAGAAUAUCAAAUAUUGUUACUCGUUGAUUUGGAAUCUAUUGAAUUAGCCUCUCUAAUUCAUGGGAAGCAGAAACCACAUUGUUUUGUAAUAACAAUAAGUUACUGAAGUGACGGAUCGUCGCAAUAACAACUGUUUUCAUUAACUUUUAUAUUAUAUUAACAAAGCGUUUAUAGAGGAUGUAAAAAAAAAGUUAGGCUGUAGGUGAGAGGCAUACCGAUGUAAAUGAGAAUUACAUCGCUACAAAUUCCAUAUACCUAAAUGUAUUUAUCGUGUGCCUUAAGACUACUUUCGUAAGGAUUAUCCGAUAGCAAGUCCAGUUUUAUACAGAAGAAAUUAAAUUUUAGUAUCAGCCGCUUGUGUCAUCCAGCUUGUACCUUCCAACACCUCAAUUAUAUUAUUCAACGGCAGUCCGACAACUAAGAAAUUUGCAUAACAAUCCAUUUAUCAAGUUGUAUGGCUGGUCUUUGCAAGUAUUACUACAGUAUUCUGAUGUCAUUUUUUGUGGUUCUUUUCGUUUCCUUCGCGUAGCAAGAUAAUAGAAUGUACGGAUAGUCUUGGAUGUACCUAAUUCGAAGUAUUUUGAUUACCCAGUUCAUCAGAAUACUUCAAAAAUUAAUUAUAAAUUGUUCAAUCUACGCAAACUAGGUGAAAUGAAUUUAAGAAAUGUUAUAAAUACAAUUACAUGUACCUACCAUAAUAUAAAAUAUUCGUAUAGGGCCUAAUAUUUUUAGUGUACAUUUAAAAUAACAAAUUUAUCAAAAGGGUCCAGUUUUGGUCUGUACGUAUAAUGUAUGAACGAUUAUACUUUGAAUAUAUAUAUAUAAUUAGAAUGGUCUUUAAUUUGGGUUCCGCAGAAUUUUCAUCAUGAUGCUCCAUCCCCACUAACUGGUUCUAAAUCGUUCAAAAAUCAUGUUUCUAAAUCUGAUAUUCUCCAUUAAUAGAGACCUGUGUACCUGCACCAAACUUGAGUUUUUUUCAUUCAUGGUUGAUUUUCAUGAAUAAAUGGAAAUUUUAUGUACCUAAAAAACAAUAUUGUUUUCAUUGCAGGAUUCUAAUUGUUGUUGUUUUUUUUUCUCAGUUAAUUUUUAACCUAUUAUUUUUUAACGAUUUAUAAAGGAUUUGAGUGGCGUCAUGAUCAAAAUUUUUAUGAAUGCAAAUUGAGGACCAUCCUAAUUUAGAUGUACAUAUGUGGUAAUCUGUCGUAACUCAAAUGCUUCCUGACUGACUGAAUCAUCGUCUCUGAUUCGGCUAACAAUUUUUCUUAAGCUUGCAACUAUACGACAUAAUUUAAAACAUAAAAAAUUAUCAGCCGAUUGAAAGAUGAUCUAGGUCAGGACUCGUUCAGGUUAAUGUGUAUUAACUCAAAUAUAAAUACCACAAGUUUGCCCCGUUUUAUCUGAACUUAAGCAUGAAUGUUAACUAUACCGUUGGGGUAAAUAAAUGUUGUGACCGGUGUAUAAAAA